ACUGCCUCCCCGAAGUGGCAUUUAUUCUGGACCUCUCCGCCUUCCUCAUUAGAGCUUGCUACCCUGCGUGCCUGUGCCGCCCUGACUCACAGACACACACAGCCAGCCAGACAGGCUGGCCAGCCUUGGGGAGACUGACGCUUCCAACCCAACCCACCCAGCCAACUGUGUCUCCCCCACUUAUUCCCGGACCCGGGAGGCGAAGCUUGAGGGAGAAAGGGAGGGGGGACCCAGAACUGAAGCCAAAAAUACACGCGUGCAACCCCUGUGUGGACUUUACCGUUCCCUACAUUUGGCCACAACGCCGGCCACAUCUGGCGGGCUUGUUAAGGACCUCGUACGGUUGGAGACUGUACUGGAGAUACACACGGCCUAAAAUACGGAGACUUCGUUCGAAUUGGACUAGCCUUCGGGGAUGUGGUAGCAGCCGGUGCACCUUGGGGCAGCAGCCAAAGGAUCCGGAGGAGCAGCAGCAGCAGUCUCUACUGCUGCCGCCGCGGCCACCACCAAACAGAUCCAAGCUGGCUCCUUGCGCCAUGGUAACCCACAGCAAGUUCCCCGCCACCGGGAUGAACCGCCCCCUGGACACCAGUCUGCGCCUCAAGACCUUCAGCUCCAAGAGCGAAUACCAGCUGGUGGUGAACGCUGUACGCAAAUUGCAAGAGAGCGGCUUCUAUUGGAGUGCGGUGACCGGUGGGGAGGCCAACCUGCUGCUAAGUGCUGAGCCCGCGGGUACCUUUCUCAUCCGAGAUAGCUCGGAUCAGCGCCACUUCUUCACUCUCAGCGUCAAAACCCAGUCCGGGACAAAGAACUUGCGAAUCCAGUGCGAGGGCGGGAGUUUUUCCCUGCAAAGCGAUCCCCGGAGCACCCAGCCGGUGCCUCGCUUUGACUGUGUUCUCAAACUGGUACAUCACUACAUGCCCCCCUCUUCUUCCUCCUCCUCAACUUCCUCUGCGGCCUCCCCUUCGUCAAUGCAGGAUCAGUUGCUCCCUCAACCCCUCCCUGGGGCUCCUCCUAAACGAGCCUAUUAUAUUUACUCUGGGGGAGAGAAGAUCCCCUUGGUGCUCAGUCGACCCCUUUCCUCCAACGUGGCCAGCCUGCAGCACCUCUGUCGGAAGACAGUCAAUGGACACCUGGACUCCUAUGAGAAAGUUACUCAACUCCCUGGGCCCAUCAGGGAAUUCCUGGACCAGUACGAUGCCCCUCUUUAAAAGGGGAUGGAUAAUGGACAUUCUGCCUUCACCCCACCAAAAUAUGCAGGGAAGGGGGUUGGCACCUCCGUCCCCUGUGGCACACAGCAUAAGCACAAGGGAUACAACCAGAUUGGAGAGUCCCUUUUUCUCCUAUCCACAGCAGAGCCAGGGGGUCCAGAGGCUUUGCCCUCUGACUCCCCCCUCCCCUUCCCUCUCCAGUAUGGGUGCAGGCUGAUCUUGGAAAAUAUUGGAGGGGAAAUCAUCAGUCAUCUUCCUUUCCACUCUCCAACUUCUGGAGGAGCCAUCAGACCUUUUAGGACAAUUCAGAAAAAGAGGAUUUUGAUUUCUCUUCCUUUCCUUUAUUCUCCCUCCCUGGAGAAGCAGUGGGACUGAAAAGAGCUUUAAACUGAUGAUAGCUACAGGUGAAUGUCCCUACUUUUCUAGGGACUCGUUUGCUGUUUGGUUUGAUUUAAAAUGGCUUGAAACCUGAGCUGGUGUCAGGGGCUGGAAGAGGAGGAAAACUGGGCCCCCUGGAAUGGGCCUGAGGGCUAGCCAAGGAAAUGAUCUGAUUCUCAAUGCAAAUAGCUUUCCAUCCCCCAUUCCCAGCCUCUGGUGAGGUGGGUGUACUGUUCCUACCCUCCUGGGGAGGUGAGGAAAGGAGCCUAGGAUCGUACUGAAGAAGUAAACUCUCAUUCUUUAGUUAUCUCCUCACUUCUGACGCCUUUCCCUCCUUCCUCCAUUCUCCCUCCUUUCUCUCCCCUUUCCCUCAACCCCCAUUACUGGGAAACACCCAAGCCUAGAUUCCAACUUACUAGGGAAAACCAACAUAACCUCUCCUGUUUUAAGGGGGGGAGGGAAGAUACUGGCAUUUGGAAGGAAAAGGGGGAGAAAGAAAAUGAAGCUCUAGUCUGGUGGUAGGGUUGGUCCACUGUCCUGAAAGAGGUGGUUUUUCUUAUUCUCCUUUUCUCAUAUUGUACCUUUUAUCACCUCAAUAUAGGAGGUGAACUGCCUCUUGCCCCAAAGCCCAGAAAGAGAAACUUCAUAUUUUCCCUCCUUUAUCUAGAAGGGGAUUGCCUUAAAACUCUCCCUGUCCCAUGGAUAGGGGCUGGCACAUUAGAGUAACUUAACACUUUGCUGAUAAUGGGUCCACCAGUCCCAGCCUAAAGAAGUUAAGUGACUUGCCCAAGAACACAGAGCCUGGGAGUAACUCAGUGUUUAAGUAGCAUCUAUGGAUCCCUCCUAUGGGGAAUAGUAGGGGAAGGGGUGUGGGAGAUUCAUGUUUUCUAAAAGACCUAGAAUAAGUUCUGUUAUUCUGAAGUGUUGUCUAGUCCAUUUGGGGGAUGCUCAGAUUGCCCCACUUUGGGUGUCUAGCAGCAGACCCUACUCCUAUAGCCUCUUGGGUUCCUGGGUGUCUCUCCCCAUUCCCUACAUCCCAGGCUUCUCUAAUCAAUUCUCUAGCCUCUCUGCAGGCAUAACAGGGAGGUCAAAGGAGGGGUGGGAGCUGAAGCACUCACUAAGUGCACUGCUCUGAGAAAGCACUGAUCAUUGUCACCCUACAUGGAAUGUAGCAACAAAGCAAUUACCUGGAACUGUUUGUUUGUUUUUUAAUGAAAAACAAAACACACGUUUUCUGUCAGGUGUUUGGCUGGAUGAGGCAGUUGUGUUGGGUGUUAUUUUUUUUUCUGGUUAAAAAUGUUUACAAAUCUGCCUCAAUCAACUCUGUCUUUUAUAAAGAUUCCACCCUGUGCCCUGCCCCCCACCCCUGCCUUUGAGGCUGAUAAGAAGAUGCUUGAAGAACCCAACAGAAUACAAAUUCAAGUCAAACUUUGCACAUAUUUAUAUUUAUAGUCAGAAAAAUACAUUUCAGUAAUUUAUAAUAAA